GCCAUCUCAAAAUCCAUGGCACGUCGGACAGACGUUCAUGACGUUCGUGACGUUGUGCAACUUCCUGUACACGCAGGGUCCGUUCUGCAAACUGUCCGCUGUUCUGGUUUAGGAGGCCAAAUAGCGACAUUCCGCUUGGAAGACGUGAUGGCUGCAACGUUGCGUUUAAUUUACUCCGUGUCCAGGCCAGGCACUUUGGUGACCAGCCAGAAUCUAGUGAGAUCCUUCAGUGUGUCCGCACAAAGGGAAGGAUUCAAGUAUGUGAAUGCCCAGGAGGCCCCCACAGACCUGAAGUCCAUCACAGACCGAUCUGCUCAGACGCUGCUGUGGACAGAGCUCUUCAGAGGUCUGGGCAUGACAAUGAGCUACCUGUUCAGAGAGCCCGCCACCAUCAACUACCCGUUUGAGAAGGGCCCACUGUCACCACGCUUCAGAGGAGAACAUGCCCUGCGCAGGUACCCUUCAGGAGAGGAGCGCUGCAUUGCCUGCAAGCUGUGUGAAGCCAUCUGCCCCGCUCAGGCCAUCACCAUUGAAGCAGAGACUCGUGCUGACGGCAGCAGGAGGACAACUCGCUACGACAUCGAUAUGACCAAAUGCAUCUACUGCGGCUUCUGUCAGGAGGCGUGUCCUGUGGAUGCCAUCGUAGAGGGUCCUAACUUUGAAUUUUCCACUGAAACCCAUGAAGAACUGCUCUACAACAAGGAGAAGCUCCUCAAUAACGGAGACAAGUGGGAAGCAGAGAUAGCUGCCAACAUAAAAGCUGAUUACCUCUACCGAUAGGCCGCACACACUCACACACACAGUGUACAGCAAGCACAUACCAGCAUAACCUCUGUGACACACACAUACGUCCAUACUGUACAUACUGUAAGAAGACAGAUUCAGCUGUGAUGGAUGUGCUUCAAGUUUGGAUUUGGGUUUGCAUCUUUCAGACAAAACAUAACCAACACAUUUCCUCUGGUGUCAGCGUCACCCUCUUCAGAUAUGAUGAAUAUACAUUGAUAUGUUUCAGAUUUUUACCUUGACAUUGUCGGGAUGACAUAUUUAUUGAAGAAUGCUGACUGUGUGAUGAGUGUAUAACAGCCGAACUGUCUCGGCACGGCUCAGUCUGUGGCAGUCCGAUGAGGACCAUGUGGUUGUGUCUGCACAGUCCCACUGGACUAAAAAGGAAGGAGACUGGGUCAUGCUGUGAUGGUAUCGGUGAUGUACGCUGAUGGCAGACUGUAGACUUCAUCCUGGAUUUAUUUUGAUUCUGCUGUCCCACACAAGUAUAUAUGGAUUAUUGUUAUUAUCUUGAGUACCAGUGCAGAGUUUUAUGGUCUUUGUGCUGUUUCCGCCUCGACUCAAAUAAUAAAAAAAUUUGGGAGAAACACUAAA